AACAAAGUGAAACAGUACGGUGCGUUGCUUUGUAGCGAAGCGUAUCGUGGUGAGUUGCAGUACUUCGCUGCGCUGUGGCAAAGGGAAAACCAAACAACAAGGAAAGGGUACGGCAGCUCCAAUUGUGGCGUUUACAUAAGAAAUGGCGGACGACAACUCGUGGGUGUUUGAUUCGUUGGUGUGCUUUUUGCACGGUCCGGUAUGGAAUGCACCGCUGCAGACGUUCAUCGAGGAUAAAUCGAUUAUUUUCGAUCCCAACCUGCAGCCGGACGAGAACAAUCCCGACUUCCGGAAGGUGCACGAUGAGUACAAGAAUCUGGUCGACUACAUGCUCGGUUCGUUCAUGGAGGAGAUGCAAAUCACGCCGGAACAGUUCGAGUUUGCCUGCCUGGAGGGCCGGCACGUCGCUAGUCUGGGAAGUGCCGGGGCGGGUGGGGCACGCGCCGCAUCCGCCGGUACAUCCGGUGGCAGCAGCGACCGAGCAGAUCAGUCCGGUGGCAAUACGUUCUCCUUCCAUCAGGGUUUGUUCCAGCAAAUAUGGGCCGCAAACGAUAUACGCAUCUUCAUACGCAUGAUGGUGCAGCGCAACGUCGAGCUGCAGCUGCAAGCGUUGGAUCUUAUCGAGCGCCGUUCGCAAAGCCUAUCCUCGAAACGUGACGAAGGUUCCGUUGAUGGGGCUGGAGGGGAGGCUGGUGAUACUGGGUCGGAGCUGAAGCCUGCGGAAGACACGCCCGAGGAGCGUGAAAUUGAGCAGGAUAUUUUAAAAUCGGUCGAAAAUGAGUUAACAGUACCGCUGCUGACAGAAGGGGACGGUGGUGCAACGGAUCAAACGCAAGCGUCUGCUUUGGCCGGUACGCUUGAGGGAGGGCUGCCGGGCACGGAAAGUGAUAAGUUUCAGCGCUUGAAUUUGUUUUUCGACCAGGAAAAGAUCAACACGGACGACAUGAAAGCGCGGCAGGAGUAUUUGCGAACCCAGCGGGACAAGAUACUGACCAUCAAGAAGCAGGCGCGGGCCCGGCAGCUGAAUGAAACGAUACGCAAAAGCGAACGCCCAGCGUCGGCACAGGUGGCACAGAAGUUCCUGGACGGUGAAACCGAAUCGGUACCGGUUGAGCCGCCGGAAGGUUCGCUGCAGCUGCGCAAGAUGCUGGCCCAACGGCUGCGCAACGAGGUAGCCAUCGAUAAGGAGUGAAGCUCGGCACAGAUACGGGGUCAGUGUGAUGGAAGGGUAUAGAAAUCGAUAUCGCAUGAAACACAGCACGUCCUCGUCCUCGCACAAUGUGAUAUUAUCACCAGCAGUGUGCAGUUUCGAUCGAUAUGCAUGAUGUUUGUUGGUGAAUAAUAUAUGUGUAACACAGUGCGUUGGGGGUGUUUCCCCGGGUAUAUGUAGUUUAAAUAAGUAGAGAUAAAUGUGUAAGAAGGGGAAACAAUUGGGGAGUACAGACAGUACAGAACUAGAAUUGAUUUCUCAUAUUUAUAUUCAUAUUCCAGCUAAUUAAAAGAAACUUUGUGCAAUGUGACUAAUAUCGUUUUUAAUAUUAUAUUUGCGCUGGUACUUGUUGGAAAAAAAUAAGAAAAUGUACAAGAUUGUGGUAUUUUGGCAUUGUCAGAGGUGGAAUCGA